GGAGCGAAGGAGACAGAGGGAUGGAGAGAAGGCGGGCAGCGAGAGGGAGGCAAACAGGAAAAAGGGGGAGAGGAGAGUGAGACAGGGAAAUUGAGGGAGAGAGAGAAGGAGAGGGACAAAGACGGGGUGGCAGGGAGAAGAGGAGGGUGAAAGACAGAAGGGAAAGGAAAAGAAAGAGAAAAGAGAAAGGAGAGAGAACCAGGAGGCGGGGAGAGUAGAGAGAGAGGACUGAGCAAGGAGAAGGCCGAGCUGAGGGGGAGGGUGGGCAACGCAGAGCGGGGAGAAGCGUGCAGAGGCUGGAGGAAAUGGAGACCAGGUAAGACGGAGACUGAGCCAGCGGCAACACGGCAGGAUGGGGAGAGAGAACCAGAAAGAUGGAGAUGGAGCCGGAGACAGUGAGAGCAAGACAGACGAGCGCUGGACAGAGGCGGAGGCUCUCGGGUGCACAGACUCAGCCCAGGGGUGGGGAAGCGUGGGUGCUGGUCCCGCCACCUUGCGGGCCUGGCCCCUCCCACUCACCAGCUGACUGGGGCUCAGCCUUCCCACCUGCAAAAUGGGGGUGCUGAUGGCACCUUGAGCCCCUGCCUGCCACAUGACAGAGGCCUGGGGCGGUAUCAGCGCUCAGGGAUCCUAGCUGUCAGUGUUGUGCAUGAUGAGAGGCCAAAGGAAGGGAGGAGAGAGGGGAAAAAAUACCCAGAAAGGCAUGACGGUUUUGUAUCCCGUGGGCGGUCUCCACACCGGUCCUGGAUUUCUGAAUCUGACAGGUAGGUAGGGAACUGUCUUGUCCAAGGGACCAAACUCCAAAACAGAUGAGGUUCCCUCUGACCCGGGAUCCAGGAAGCCAGGCUGUGUCUUCUCCAAGGAGGCAGGCCUGGCCGGACUCCCAGGUCUGAGGGAGGGGGCUGGGGGGCCUGGCUUCCUGGGUCCCCAGUGGAGAAGGGGGCUGUGGACUUGGACUUCUGAAUCUGGGGGAGGAGAGGAGGCUAGGGGGCCUGGAUUGCGGGGACCUGUGGGGAGGAAGGGGCCUGGGGCCUGAAUUCUUGGGUCCCUGGUGAGGAAGGGGCCGAGGGGCUGACUCCUGGGUUCCUUGGGGAGGAGGGGGCCGGGGGCCCGCAUUCCUGGGUCCUGGCACCCACCCGUAGAACCGACCUUGCGGGGCCUUCGCCGCACACAAGCUCGUGUCUGUGGGUCCGUGUCGGGGGCUCACCAUCGCGGCUGGGGCCUCCCCGGCCCUCCCCGCCCUCCCUGGCCCCCGUCUGUCCGUCCAGUCCAUCCGUCUGUCUGUCCACCUGCCGCGCCCCCCGGGCUGAGGUAGGAGGUUGUAUAGUUGAGGAGGACACCCACGGAGAUCACUAUACGGCCUCCUAGCUUUCCCCAGGCUGCGCCCUGCACGGGACGGCCCGGCGGGGACCCCUGACCCCGGUCCCCUGCCCCACCCCGCCAGGCUGGGGAGAGGGGCUGCCGCAGGGAUCGUGGGAGGAGAGGCUGGGCUGUUCCUCGUGUCCUCGUCCCUACAUUCCUUCCUGCCCCUUCCCUCAAAGAGUUUCUCUCGCAUCAAGAUAUCUCUGUUUUGCUUCCUCUCUGUCUCUCCAUCUCCGCUGGGUCUCUGCACAGUGACCUCUGAGACCCUGUCUCCAUCUGUCUCUUAUGGUGCUUUCUGGGUCUCUGACGCUCCCCAUGUCUCUCCAUGGCUUGGUUUCUGUCUUUCGGGCCCUCACGGUGUCUCUGUGCCAUGUCCAUUUCUGCUGCACCCCACUACCACACCCCAGGGCUUGGCGGGCCCCCGCACACCGUACUGCCGGCCUCUGGGUCCCUGAGACCCUUUAACCUGUGAGGAUGUCCAGGGUCACAGGUGAGGUUCUUGGGAGCCUGGCAUCCGGCCCAGCCAUCAGCCUGGGGUCCGACCCCUGACCCCUGACCCGACACACCCUUCCUCCCUGAAAACCCUGGAACCUGACAUUGGACUGGAGACUGCAACCUGACCUCUGACCCUGUAUCUUGAGCCCCUCCCCCACACCGCUGUGACCUCACAAAAGUCUCCAGCUUCUCCACAGGCUGAGACCCUCCGCUAUGGCCCUUCUGGCCGCAGGGAGCGCUGUGCCGUCCGCCCUGGUGGCCCUCACGGUCUUCCGGGCCUCCGCCUGGGCCUGUCUCCUCUGCUUCACGUCUUACAAUGAGCGCCUCCAAAUCUGCCAGAUCUUCGUCGGCCUGGAGAGCCCCGACCUCGAGAAGUGUGAGGAGGCCUUAACAGAUGCCUUUAAGGGCCUCCAGGACACUGAAAUCAACUACGAGGAAAGGAGCCAUCUGCACGACGCCUUCACCCAGAUGACCCACUCCCUGCAGGAGGUGGCCGCCGCCCAGGGGUCCUUUCGGGUUGCCUUUCCUCAUGCCGCGGAGAAAAUGCAGAAGAUUAUAUUACAGCUUAAAGAAGUCCAGGCCUGCAUCCGUCCCUGCGGACUCCAGGAGGUCGCCCGGCGUUUCCGCUGCCGAGGAUGCUACUCUACGGUCUGCGACCUCCCGUUAGACUGCCCAGUUCAGGACUUGACGGUGACUCGGGGUCAUCAGGCUAUGUUCUUUUGCACUGUGAACUUCCAGCUGCCUAAGGAAGAGAUCACCUAUUCCUGGAAGUUCGCAGGAGGUCUCCGGACUCAGGACCUGUCCUACUUCCGAGAGAUACCAAGGGCCCGAGGAUACCUGGCUCGGAUCCGGCCGGUGCAGCCCACGCACCGCGGCACCUUCUCUUGCGUGAUCACACACGACCAGCGGCCCCUGGCGCGGCUCUACUUCUUUCUGAACGUGACAGGUCCGCCACCGCGCGGGGAGACUGAGCUCCAGGUCUCUUUUCGGGAAGUGUUGCGCUGGACGCCACGGGAGGGGGAGAUGAUCGAACCCUGGACGCCCAGCCUGGGCGAGCUGCUGGCCAGGCCCGAGGCUCUAACGCCGGGCAAUCAGUGCCUGCUCGCGGCCGCUGUGGCCUUAGCCUCAGCCAGUGCGACCGUGCUGGCGUGGAUGUUCUUUCGAUGGUACUGCAGUGGCGACUAACAAAGCUAUCUUUUUUAUCCUAUUUCCAUCCCUAAAAUAAAGAAUCUAUUUCA